CUCUAAUUGGCAACUAGGGACCACGCCUUGUUCUUUAACAAUUUGAUGGGAUAUAUAAACCAGGACCCACAACCCAACAUCAUCACAGAUCAACUUCAUCAGUGAAAUCUAUCGAAAUGGCAUUCAAAGUUGUCGCCUUCGCCGCUCUCUUGGCCGUCGCAAGUGGUAGCGCCAUCCAUGGUGCUGGAUAUAUCGCAGAGACCUAUGCCGCUCCACUCGCUUUGACCAAGACAGUCAUUGCUCAACCUGAAUCACCAGCCCACUAUGACUUUGGAUAUUCAGUGAGCGACCCCUACACCGGCGACCACAAAUCCCAAGUAGAAUCCCGUCGUGGUGAUGCCGUCCAAGGUAGCUACUCCCUCGUAGAUUCCGAUGGAACCAAACGUACCGUAGACUACGCUGCCGAUGCUGUCAAUGGAUUCAACGCUGUCGUACGCAAAGAACCUCUUGCCCAAGUUGCCCAUGUUGAAACCGUUGCCACCGCUCCAGUUGUAGCUGCUGCUCCAGCUGUUGUUGCCGCCAGGACCUACGCUGCUCCCGCUGUUGUUACCCACCAUUCUCCAGCUGUUGUUGCCACAAGAACCUACGCUGCCCCAGCUGCUGUAUCAAGCUCCUACGAAUCCAAAACCAUCACCCACAACUCCCCAGUUGUUGCUCACACCUAUGCUGCUCCAGCCGUAUAUGCUGCCAGAACUUAUGCUGCACCAGCUGUUGUAACUCACCAAGCUCCAGCCCUCGUUGCCGCUAGGACUUAUGCUGCCCCAGCUGCCGUAUCUUCUUCAUAUGAAUCCAAAACCAUCACCCACAGCUCUCCAGUUGUAGCCCAGACCUAUGCUGCUCCAUCUGUUGUUGCCCACACCUACGCUGCUCCAUCAGUUGUUGCCCACUCUUACGGUGUACCAUCUGUUGUUGCCCGUUCUUAUGCUGCUCCAGCUGUUGUUGCUGGAACCUACUCUUCUCCAAUCUAUUCUCACGGAGCCGUUGUAUCUAGAUACGCUUCCCCAAACUACGUCUGGUAAACGAUGGAAAAUAUUUCUAUUUGAGUAAACGAAUGCCUAUGACUGUAUAUACUGUUUUUAAGUUGUAAUUAAAAACAAAAAAUUAUUAAAA